CAUGGUGCUACUCCAAAGAAGAAGAAACAACAGAACAAACUCGAGAUUGAUGAGGUGUCAUCAUCCACUGAAGAUGAAUUUGAAUUGGAAAUGAGUGAAGAGUUGAAUGAUGAAAUGAAAAAAUUUGAAAGCUGUCAACCUGAUUCUCAAAAUAAAAGUGGAAGUAGUAACAAAGCUGGAAUGGGAUACUACAACAAUAUUUAUUUCGACUCAGAUGAUGAGGCCUCUAGUGAUGGUAUGUAUGUGUGUGUGUCUGAAAAAAAGAAAAAUCACCCAGUGUUAACGAAUGAUGAACUAUUGUACGAUCCGGACAUGGAUGAGGAAGAUCAGAGAUGGGUGAACAAACAACGUAGAAAAUAUCAACCAACUAAAAGUGGAUCCAACAAAAAAUCUCUGAAGCUUCCUAACAGUGAUGCUGUUUUGAACUGCCCUUGCUGUAUGAUCUUACUCUGCUUAGAUUGCCAAAGGCAUUCCAUGUACAACUCACAGUACAGAGCCAUGUUCGUCACAAACUGUAGAGUAAUACGCAAUGAAGUUCUGAAGUACUCACUCAAAGAUGAAAAAAACAAAUCAAAGAAACAGAAAAAAAACGGUAGAACUGCUUCAGUGGAAGAAACUAAUGCUGCUUCUAAUGAUAAUAAUGAUAACAGGGAAGAUGGCGAUGACGGUGAACAUGAAAUGUAUCACCCAGUACAUUGUGAAGCCUGUAAUACAGAGGUGGCGGUCUUUGACAGGGAUGAAGUUUUUCAUUUUUUCAAUGUACUCGCUAGCCACAGCUGA